ACAUUCAUUUCUUUUCUACAAAAACACAACUAUGGCGGAUGACAACUCGACAAUGCUUGAAAAAGCUGUUCAGAUACUUGUACCACAGCCGUGCUUUGACAAAUACUUUGUAGACUUUAAUUUCUUUGAAGGUGCUUGUGCGAAGAUUGUUAUCAGCAAGUGCCUAGGGUUUGGUAUCAUUUUAGGAUCAAUUCUUGUUAAACUGCCCCAGAUUUUAAAGAUUGUAAAGGCAAAGAGUGGACAGGGAAUCAGUUUGUCAAGUAUCAUGUUUGAAUUAAUAGCUAUAUCAGCAAAUUAUUCCUAUGGUUUCCAGAAAAGUUUUCCAUUCAGUGCCUAUGGUGAGGGUUUAUUUUUAGCCAUCCAGACUGGGUUGAUUGCAGCUUUAGUGAUAUUUUAUGGAGGGAAUCUUAUAGGAUCUAUUGGUUUUACAUUGGUGUACACCUUAAUCAUGGCUUAUUUAAUGUCACCAUUAGUACCUAUGAAUAUCUUAGCUUUAUUCCAGAGUGUAAACAUAUUUAUUCUCUGUUUAAGUAAGUUGCUUCAGGUUGUAGCUAAUUAUAGAAAUGGCAGUACUGGACAGUUAUCAGCCAUAACAGUGUUCUUGCUGUUCUCAGGAGCUAUCACUAGAAUAUUCACAUCCAUACAAGAGACAGGAGACAACCUGGUUAUUAUGACAUAUGUAGUGUCUACUUUAUUUAAUGGUUUAAUUACUGCUCAAGUCAUAUACUACUGGAACAGUAAGAAGAAAACCGAAUAGAAACAUUUUAUGCAAUACAAAUUUGGGCACAUAUUUGCCAUUGUUGUUAACAGGGAAAUAUAUCACUGUUAAGUUAUAUUAUUUAUUGAUAUAGGGGACAUAUAUGUAAGUCCUCUGUUAUAAAUCAGAUAAUCAACUGAUGCAAUAUGACACAUAUGAAGAUAAAGAUAAAGCUCCAAACAUGCUAUGCAUGUUUAUAUAUGUAAAGUUUUGAAAUAAGCAUUGUUGGACAUGUUCUUGUUAUAUUUGACAUAUUUUAAUUGUUGGUGUUAUUGUUUGAUUGAUAAUAUGUUUAUGCAUUUAUUAAAGUUCAGUUAAAUCUUAUACACAAAAUGCAACAUCCUCUGUCUGUUGAGUACAAACAAUGCCAGGUCUCUUUAAAAUCAUUUUAUUUGACAAUCACUCACUGUGUGACAUCAAUGUUCUUAAGAAGUAUGUAUGGUAUAGAUUUUGAUCCUGUAGUACUUAAUAAAAAAGAUGUUCUAAUAGUUGGAAAUUACAUAGAAGGCUAUAUGAAGAUAUGAUUAAUACAACGAAUAUUUCAGGUUUUACAAUCAUGUGUCAGAUAUAUAUGAUGAAUCAACUUAAAACUUUGGUUAUACAUAUAAAUGGAAGACUUAUUUUUUGUCAGUCUGAUUUUUACUGAUUUAUUUUGUUAGGAAGCAGAUUCAAUCUUGGUCUGACAUUAAGUCAUCUAAUAGUCUUCAUAUGACAUUAUAUCAGUGAAAUGCAGACUAUUAAAACACAAAUUAUCAGACUUGACUUUAUUACUGCUGAUGAAUUAUACUAACCUAACAUGUUAUGAAGUUUAAAUUUAUAAAUUAAAAUAAACAACAUAUAAAGUU